UGAAUUAGCAGUCAGUGGAGUGCACUACUCACUAAAGUCGUAAGGUUGCAUAUUCACAUUUCUUAUUGUCUAAAAAAAAAGUUGAAAUAUAAAUUCUGGCUCCGCAACCUAGAGAGUGAGCAUCAACACAAUCGCUUGAGUUGCUAGAAAUAGGAGCUAAAUUUAUCUCGAGAUCACACCUUACCGACUUAGAAAAGAAUAGCUCAUUGAAUAAUAUGGUCCUACGUGUACUGUAGCUCGAUAAUAAAACUCGAUGAUCGCUGUUGUAAUACCUUUGAGUAUAAGUCUGCUUGCUGAGAACAAACCUGGGGUUAAACAACAACAAUAACAGCAGCAGCAGCAGUAGCAGAAGUAGCAGCAACAACAACACCUCUGGCUCCAUGUCCCAAGGGGCGAUUCUGGUAAUCAUAACCAAAUUUCUUUGCUAGAAAUAACAACCCAAAGGCUAAAAUUUAGGUAGUCUAUCUCUUCCGUAGCAAAAAUGGGUUAAUCCUUACAAGCCAUUACCGCUACAAAAGAAAAGAACGAACGCACGAACGAACGAAUGAAUUAAUGAAUGAAUGAAAGGAAGGAAGAUUAAAAGAAAGGAAUACACUCACACACAUAGGUUACUAGCAUGUGCAGCUACCUAGCUGGCUUGCUAUCUAUUUAGCUAUUUAUUUGGUUUGAUAGCUAGCCGCCUCCUGGUCCGCAUCUACGAUGUAUAAAUAUUACAACAGCCUGUACGCUUCAGCUGAUGUGAUAGAGAACAACAACAGUAAACACACAGAAUAAAACCGACUUGCCAGUCGAACGGCCAUGUACCCCGCCACCUCACUUCAUCCAUUGGUUUGUUCUCCUUGCAUCCUCUCUAGCUAUCCAUUUAUCAUCUAUCGACCAUUUCUAAAGAAUUGGCACGCCACCAACACAUGGGGAUGUAAUAAUAUAUUCGCGUGUAGCAGUAGACAUAGGACAUUUAAUGUAGGUAAGGAGCCAUAGGUGGCUCCAUCUACAACAGAUCCAACAUUGGGGCAACUUGUCCUACUGUCUAGUCUCGACAACAUGUCUGCAUCCAACCAAAAUGAGCGAGUGGUGACGCCAACCCUUAGUGAUGUGCCAUUCUUUGACAGCCUGUUUCGAGAAAUGAAUGUCCAAGUCGAUCAGAUGCACCGUGACAUACAAGCAAUGCGUACAGCAAUGCUUCGGAUGAACCCAAGCGAUGAUUUUGGUGUUGAAUCUAGUACACCAUUGGAUAAAUUUCGUGAUCCUAUUGUUGUUGGCCCAGAUGGUGACAAAUGUUUUCAGGUACAACUUGACGUCAGUCCAUUUAAACCUGAUGAAAUUACCAUCAAAACAAUUGAUAACCAACUGACCAUCCACGCAAAACAUGACCAGAAAACAGCCAGCUCCAGCAUCUAUCAUGUCUUCUCUCGGCAAUACACACUCCCAGAUGGCACAAACUCAGAUCAUCUGAGAGCUACUCUUUCUAAUGAUGGUGUUCUCAGUAUCCAAUGUCCAUUGGAAUCAAAUGAGUUAGCUGCCAACUAUCCAAUUGCCAUUCAGAAGGAAUAAUCACCUGCUCCACUUCCCUUACCAAUGCUGUUACUUGCCACAGUGAUACUCUAAGCUACAGAUCUGAUUCUAUUUUCUUUUACUAGUUAAGAGAAUAAUGGUGUGAAAUAAGCAAGGAACUGUUGCUACAGCAGGAAUCCCUAAAGAAGCUUAAGAUGCUGGAAGACAAGAGCUUCUUUGUUUCACUGGUUGUUGGAUAUUAUUAUAACACGAAAAUUUACACAGAGGACAAUAGAAUCAUGUGAUUUUGUUUUCUGUUUUGUUUUUUUUUGUUAACUUUCUUUAAGUGUAGCCUUAUUUAAAUACUAAUUUUGGAGUCAAUAAAUAAACCCCUUCAAUAUAAUGGUAGUGGCAAAAAAUAGCAAAAAAAGUCGAAUAUGUAUAUGAACAUGCAUACAUAGAAAUAUAUGUGUAUAUAUACAUUUUUACAUACAUGCAUACAUACAUACAUACAGCCCCCUAAAGCCCUCACUUUUUUUUUCUUCUUCCAACCACUUUUACUCAAUCACUUUCUUUAUUUUCCUUCUAUAUUUUGCUUAUCAUGAAGGACUAGUGUCUGAAAUGUCAAGACUCUCUCCCUUCCUUUAACCUGUUAAACUAAUACAACAUUUGUUAAAACUUGUCCAUCUUGUGUUGUCUUCUUUUGUAUUCAUCGCUUUCAUUUUACACACACACACACACACACAUACACACACACAUGAACGAGAGGGCAAACAGAAGAUAAGGGCACUCAACACAUUAAGUAGAUGUUACAUGUAUUAUUUAAAAUAGUUUGAACCAGUUCUAUAUGACUUAAAGUUUUGCAGGCCUCUAACAGAAGCCCAUCUCUUUCAGGCUAUAAAUCUGGUAAUAUAUAACCUGAAAGAGAUUGACUUCUGUUAGAGGCCUGCAAAACUUUAAGAUGUCUGGAACCAGAUCAAACUAUUUUCAAUAAGUUUUUACAAAGAAAAGCUUAUUGACUGUAACUUCAAAAUUUUGGUUUGAUUGCCAUCAUUGAAAUGUCAUUAGCCAAAACUUUCAAGUCACUGUCAAACUUUACUUUGUAUAAAUUAAAAAUAUGAACUAUACUAAAAACUACUGAGUUGUCCUUGAGUUUAAUUUAAAUUUUGUUCAUGUAUAACUUGACAUAAAAACAAACAUUAAUACACACACGAACACACACACACACACACAUAUAUAUAUAGAGAGAGAACAAGAGUACUAUACUAUGUUCGCAAGUAGUUAUACAAGCAAAGUAAAUAGUAACUAAUAUACUGGCACAUUAAAUAAGUUUAUUAUAAUUAAAAUUGACUACACUUUCCAUGUUCAUUGAAAGUUUUGCAUUAAAACUUUUCAUGUGAUGAAUGCUCUUUCAUCAUAAAACAUGAAGUAAUGUAAAAGGAGUUAAUUUUAGCAAAAUACACACACACACAGGUAUAUAUGCAUAUAUAUGGGAGAAUGUACGAAAAAAACAACAUAUGAAGACAGGUGGUGUAAACAACAAAUGGAUGUAUUAGUAUAACGCUCUGUAAUAGAGAAAGUCUUUAACGUUUCAAGCUACGCUCUUCAACUGAAAGGAACACAGAAAGAAAUAAGGAGAGAAACAAGGAGAAAAAAAAUAUAAAUGUAGUGGUCAGCAAUCAUUUA